UAUUUUUAAAGAUAACUUUGUUAUGAUGUGAUAAAAUUUGUUGAAUUAGGUUGGCAAUUAUUAAACUUGAUUUAUUAAUUUUUCUUUAACGGGCCGGGUCAGUAUCCGGAUCCAUUUAUCACAUUGACCGAAAAAGUUCGGUCUGGGCAGUCUCACUAUAAUAUACAUAAGUUCAGCCCUAUUGCAUACAUGAGGAAGCAGAAUUCAUGAGCUACAUAAAACGGUGCGUUUAGAAAAAGAGGAACUAACUCGAGCUAAGCGCGCACCAAGCGUACGUUAGUAACAAAGAUAGAGAGAAACGGUUCUUUUUUUUUUUUUCGGUGGAGAAACUGAGACUCGACUGAGGUAAGGAGGCGGACAUUUCUAAGCUCUCUCUCUAUCUGCCCCUCAACUGCUUAGCUGACAAUCAUUUAUAAAUCUUCUUCCUUCUCUUUUCUCGAAUUUGCCACCCAAAUUUUUUCUCCAUAUACAAAAUUUCUCCUCUCUUUUCCUCUUCCAUUAACAAAUCUCUCUCACUCGCAUUUCUUUCAUUUAAUUGCCUUCAACCUCUCUCGUUUUCUCUCAAUGGAGUCCUCCGCUGUUCUACGAUUCGCUCACUGUUCUGCUUUACAUGCACAACACAUGGUUGAGAAGCCUAGUAAGGUUCAUAUUUGUAACGGCAGCUGGCCAGUGUCAGGUACUUCAUACAUCCAAGGCUUGACAGUUGGCAAAAAGCUCACCUCUUCUCCAAUAAAGAGAAACACAACAGUAAAAUUGUGUGCAAAGACAUCUGACACUGCAGUAACAGCUAAAUCUGAUGUUUCAUUAGAAAGCACCAAGCCGGUUCCAAAGGAGAAAAAACCUCUGCAGCGUGCAACUUUUCCAAAUGGAUUUGAGGCACUGGUACUAGACGUAUGUGAUGAGACAGAGAUUGCUGAGCUGAAACUUAAGGUAGAUUUCUACUGCCUAAGUAAGCCACUUAUUUGUUGUUGCAAAUCUCAUCCUUACUUCUCUAGUAUAUCCUUUCAGGAAAAUGGUUUGAAUUGUUGA